GCGGAAAUGACGGGAAGGUGGUAGUGGAGUAGUUGGCGGGUGGUUGAUCAGAGCCGGUCGCCAUGUCCGCGGGGAGCGCGACACAUCCUGGAGCCGGAGGGCGCCGCAGCAAAUGGGACCAACCAGCUCCAGCCCCGCUUCUCUUUCUGCCAUCAGCGACCCCAGGUGGGGAGGUUACCAGCAGUGGGGGAAGUCCUGGGGGCUCCGCAGCUGCUCCGUCUGGAGCCUUGGAUGCUGCCGCUGCUGUGGCUGCCAAGAUCAAUGCCAUGCUUAUGGCCAAAGGAAAGCUGAAACCAACUCAGAAUGCUGCUGAGAAGCUGCAGGCCCCUGGCAAAGGCCUAACUAGUAAUAAAAGCAAGGAUGAUCUGGUGGUGGCUGAAGUGGAGAUCAAUGAUGUGCCUCUUACGUGUAGGAACUUGCUGACCCGAGGACAGACUCAAGACGAGAUCAGCCGACUUAGUGGGGCCGCAGUGUCAACUCGAGGGAGGUUCAUGACAGCUGAGGAGAAGGCCAAAGUAGGACCAGGGGAUCGUCCAUUAUAUCUUCAUGUUCAGGGCCAGACACGGGAAUUAGUGGACAGAGCUGUAAACCGAAUCAAAGAAAUUAUUACCAAUGGGGUGGUCAAAGCUGCAACAGGGACAAGUCCAACUUUUAAUGGUGCAACAGUCACUGUCUAUCACCAGCCAGCACCCAUUGCACAGCUGUCUCCAGCUGUUAGCCAGAAGCCUCCCUUCCAGUCAGGGAUGCAUUAUGUCCAAGAUAAAUUAUUCGUGGGUCUAGAACAUGCUGUGCCCACUUUUAAUGUCAAGGAGAAAGUGGAAGGUCCAGGCUGCUCCUAUUUGCAGCACAUUCAGAUUGAAACGGGUGCCAAAGUCUUCCUGCGAGGGAAAGGGUCAGGCUGCAUCGAGCCAGCAUCCGGCCGGGAAGCUUUCGAACCCAUGUACAUUUACAUCAGUCAUCCCAAACCAGAAGGCCUGGCUGCUGCCAAGAAGCUCUGUGAGAAUCUCUUGCAAACAGUUCAUGCUGAAUACUCUAGAUUUGUGAAUCAAAUUAAUACUGCUGUACCUUUACCAGGCUAUACACAACCCUCUGCUAUAAGUAGUGUCCCUCCUCAGCCACCAUAUUAUCCAUCCAAUGGCUAUCAGUCUGGUUACCCUGUUGUUCCCCCUCCUCAGCAGCCAGUUCAGCCUCCCUACGGAGCUCCAAGCAUAGUGCCACCAGCCGUUUCUCUGGCACCUGGAGUCUUGCCAGCAUUACCCACUGGAGUCCCACCUGUGCCAACACAAUACCCGAUAACACAAGUGCAGCCUCCAGCUAGCACGGGACAGAGUCCGAUGAGUGGGCCUUUUAUUCCUGCUGCUCCUGUCAAAACUGCCUUGCCUGCCGGUCCCCAGCCCCCGCCCCAGCCCCAGCCCCCACUCCCAAGUCAACCCCAGGCACAGAAGAGACGAUUCACAGAGGAGCUACCAGAUGAACGAGAAUCUGGACUUCUUGGAUACCAGCAUGGACCCAUUCAUAUGACUAAUUUAGGUACAGGCUUCUCCAGUCAGAAUGAGAUUGAAGGUGCAGGAUCGAAGCCGGCAAGUUCCUCAGGCAAAGAGCGAGAGAGGGACAGGCAGUUGAUGCCUCCACCAGCCUUUCCAGUGACUGGAAUAAAAACAGAGUCUGAUGAAAGGAAUGGGUCUGGGACUUUAACAGGGAGUCAUGAUUAUCCAGUUAAGAAGAUGAAAACUACAGAGAAGGGGUUUGGCUUGGUGGCUUAUGCGGCAGAUUCAUCUGACGAAGAGGAGGAACACGGAGGUCAUAAAAAUGCAAGUAGUUUUCCACAGGGCUGGAGUUUGGGAUAUCAGUACCCUUCAUCACAGCCACGAGCUAAACAACAGAUGCCCUUCUGGAUGGCUCCAUAGGCAACAGUGGAGCAGCAUUCUGAGCCUCGGUGACUCUUUAGCAAUAAUGCAUGCAUUUGAUUUAACAAGACUCUGGGGCCUGUACUGGGAACCAUCUUGGAUCCUUGCAGAAGUCAGAUGAGUGUCCCCUUUCUUAAAGGGGUUCCAUUCUUUUUAAAACAUCCUUAUUUCUGCAGUGGCAUAGCAUCUGUUAAAAUUUACUUAGAAUCACAAAUGUGUCUCAGAAGCUUUUUAACAGUUGGUGAAAUGUGCUUGUUCAACAGGGUCAUUCCAAUAUACCCUUGUUCUGGUCCAGCCUUUUCCGAAUGAAUAGCCCCUAUUCUGAAGUAAAGCAGGUUUUA